AUGAAUCCUCUCAUACAGUACAUGAUUAUACUAUUAAAGUGGGUACAUUCGUGGUUGAAAUAUGGUCUUACGAGACUUUGGGGAGUUUUUCCAAAAGUCAGUACGUGGAAGGCAUCAGCAGGUAUCAGAGGUCCAGGGUCAUGCAAAACAGAGUCAGAGGAGUGGGAAACCAAUGAGGCACUCCGCACAUAUCACCGUGGAGAUGGAAGCGCCACCAAGGUUACAGUCCAAACCAGCACACAUGCAUUUCAUGUGGACCUGGAAAGGCUUUCAGAGUGCAGUGAGUACUUCAGGGCCUUGUCCCACUCCAGAAUGAGAGAGACCUCAGAGAGCCUCAUCCAGCUGGACCACGUGUCCUCCUCCAUCUUCUACAAUCUCCUUCAGUUCUCUUUCCAUAACAUAUUUAAUGUCCCUAAGGAGGAGCUGGGCACACACAUCCAGGUCAGCAGCUACCUCCUGGCUGAGGCCUUCCUCUCAAAGUGCUUGUCAGUCCUGGCAGAUGAACUCAGCCCAGACAACUGCUUGUCUUACCUGAGAUUGGCUCAUGAGAUCUGCUGUGCUGAGCUGAGGAUGACAGUGUUCACCUUCCUGAGUAGAAACCUGCUGGAGCUGCCUCACCUCACCAGGCGUCUAAGUAAUGAGGAGAGGGAGGAGCUUGUCCACCUGAGGAUACAAGGCAUCCCACGCCUCUGCAGUUUCAGAAAAGAGAACCUGACUUCUUGGAAAGACCCAGAAACAGAACGUGCCCGACACCUCUUCACCCUGGAAGUGUCAGAGGACAAUGGGGAUUGGCACCCAAUUGCAGAGCUCCCUUUCAAGGCUGAUAAGUGGUGUUUCACUACAGUUGUCCUGUAUAACUACCUGUACAUCAUUGGAGGUUACAGGCAGCGUUUGAAGAAAGGCUGGGAGUUCAAAAUGGCUUCCUUUAGGUACAAUCCCUUUACUAAUUCAUGGGUUGCCACAACUCCUCUAAUCAAGCACAGAAGGCAUUUCAGUGCAGUGGCUUGUGAAGGCCGUAUUUAUGCUGUGGGAGGCUGGUACUUGGACUCCCUGGUGACUCCUGACUCCAGCACAGCUCUAUAUACUGCUGUAGAGUGCUAUGAUCCAUGGGAGGACACAUGGAGGUUUGUCUCCUCAUUGCCGCUCACUGACUUCCAGUUCACCAUGUCCUUAUCCCAUGAUGUGCCGUUAGCCACUAGCCUUGGAUACUGUCUCUAUGUGCUGGGAAACAUUCAGAGGACUGGGGAGAAACUGGUGCUGCAGUACAACACAAGACUGGACUCAUGGUCUGAGCUGCUUCCCACCCUGACCAGAGCUGAUGCAGACAUCCCCACCCUUUACUUCCUGGGUGCCACUGACAGGCUGUUUGUGAUUGGAGGAAACAACUCUGAGAAUGUUGUGACAUCGUUCUGUGUGCAGUCAAAGAAAUGGGGACAAGUGCAUGGUGCAGAAAAGGUGGCAUUGGCAGGGCAGGGGACAGUUUCAAGUGACCAGCUCUUCAUGCCAAGUAUAGAGCACAAUAGUGUUGCAAGGCUGGAUCUCCAAACUCUCUCCCUGAGUGUCCUCCCACCUCUUCCCAUCUCCACCCGCUACGAGUCCAUCUUUCAUAUUUACUUUUAA